UUGGCUGUUGAAAGUAAAAAGGGAAAUACUAUUGACCUUCUAUUGAAGCAUGGUGUCCCGAUUGACGAUCAAGACAACGACAAAUCCACGCCUCUCAUCCGGGCAAUCAUGCACAAAAACGCGAAAGGGGCACUGACCCUCAUCAAUCGAGGAGCAGAUAUUAAUUCAGUGGAUUUUUUUGGAUGGGGCGUUUUAAUGCAUGCUCUGAGCAAUGACAUGACUGAUAUAGCGGAAACCCUGAUUCAGAAAGGUUGCGAUGUCAAUGCUCAAGCAACGAAGAUGAAAACGGGUUUACACAUUGUUUGCCAGAAUCAUCUCAUUGAUUCAAUUCACCUUUUACUAGAUUACGGAACUAAUGUUAAUAUUCAAGAUGGCGACGGAGACACUCCUUUGAAC